UUGAGCUAACGUCCAUCAGGCCGGCAGUCUCAUAUGCUUCUAAUCUCAUCGCCUCAUCUCUGACUCUGAGGCUUAUCCUCUCUCUCGUUUUAUCUGGGAAAAACAUUCUAGACCGCCCAGUUCCCCUCUCUAAUCGAUCUAGCCGUUUAUGGAAAACAGAGCAGCUAUAGUAUAUAAGCUAGUGGAGGUACAGUUGAAUUUUGGUGCAUUUAUUGCAAAAAUUUCAGAAUGUCCAUCGCAUUAAACGACGGAUUCAAGAUACCCAUUGUGGGUCUGGGUGUCUGGCGAAUGGAAGGAAAAGACAUUAGAGACCUCAUUAUCAAUGCAAUCAAGAUUGGCUAUCGUCAUUUUGACUGUGCUGCUGAUUACAAGAAUGAAGCAGAAGUUGGGGAGGCACUUGCGGAAGCGUUCAAGAGUGGACUUGUUAAGAGGGAGGAGCUUUUUAUCACCACUAAGCUUUGGAAUUCAGACCAUGGACAUGUUGUUGAGGCUUGUAGAGACAGUCUAAAGAAGCUUCAAUUAGAUUAUCUAGACCUCUACCUUGUGCACUUUCCUGUAGCCACAAAGCACACUGGAGUUGGGGAAACUGAUAGUGCUUUAGAUAAAGAUGGUGUCCUGGAGAUAGACACAACUAUCUCAUUAGAAACCACCUGGCACAAUAUGGAAAAUCUAGUUUCGAUGGGCUUAGUCCGCAGCAUUGGGAUCAGCAACUAUGACAUCUUUCUAACGAGAGAUUGCUUAGCUUACGCCAAAUUGAAGCCUGCUGUGAAUCAGAUUGAGACACAUCCAUACUUCCAACGUGAUUCUCUUGUCAAAUUCUGUCAGAAGCAUGGGAUAUGUGUUACAGCCCAUACUUCUCUAGGAGGUGCUGUGGCUAACACAGAAUGGUUUGGUACUGUGUCAUGUUUGGAUGAUCCUAUUCUCAAAGGUCUAGCUGAAAAAUAUAAGAAGACUGUUGCCCAGAUUGUUAUCAAGUGGGGCAUGCAGCGAAACACGGUUGUAAUUCCUAAGACAUCAAAGGUUGAGAGAUUGAAGGAGAAUUUUCAAGUUUUUGACUUUGAGCUGAGCAAAGAAGACAUGGAUGUGAUUAAGAGUGUGGACAGGAAAUAUAGGACCAACCAACCAGCUAAGUUUUGGGGCAUAGAUUUGUAUGCUUAGGAAUGGUUAUUUUAUCUUACCUGAGACAUGAAUAAGUGUGAGUUAUGAAACAUCAAAGACAUUCAGUUUUAUGGCAAUGGACUCAUUUGCAUUAUUGCUAAAACUCAAAUCAUAUUUAGAUGCUUUUACUCACUAA